CUCACCUCAGCCCUGGGGUGUCCUUCGUCCUCUGAGGUGCGGACGGUGGGCACUGACCAGAGGCCUCUUCUCCCAGCUCAGGCCGGGGAUGUGUCCGUUGGGCGUUGGUUGUGGAGUCGAUGGCGGCCCCGCGGGGCGGAACGUUUGUGUUGGGGCUUAGUGUGGCGGGCGGAAGGGUCGGGGCGCCGCACGCCGGCCAUGGCGGAGCGGGGAUGAGGAGGCCGCCUGGGCCGGGACACGACUGGUGGCGACCAAAGCUCGGGCAACCCUCGCCGCCUGGCACCCCCCAAAUGCCCACAGGCCACCCUUUUCGCAGUAGGUUCACUUGAUAACAUUGGAAUUUUGAAAGAGGAAAAAUGGACGAAGAACCAGAAAGAACCAAACGCUGGGAAGGAGGCUAUGAAAGAACAUGGGAAAUCCUUAAGGAAGAUGAAUCUGGAUCACUUAAAGCUACCAUAGAAGACAUUCUCUUCAAGGCCAAGCGAAAAAGAAUCUGUGAACAUCAUGGACAAGUUCGGCUUGGGAUGAUGCGUCACCUUUAUGUAGUAGUUGAUGGAUCAAGAACGAUGGAAGACCAAGACUUAAAGCCUAAUAGGCUGACGUGCACCUUGAAGUUGUUGGAAUAUUUUGUGGAGGAAUAUUUUGAUCAAAAUCCAAUUAGUCAGAUUGGGAUCAUCGUAACCAAGAGCAAGAGAGCUGAAAAACUGACUGAACUUUCAGGGAAUCCUAGGAAGCACACAACUGCUUUGAAGAAAGCCGUCGAUAUGACCUGCCUUGGAGAGCCAUCCCUCUAUAAUUCCUUAAGUCUGGCCAUGCAGACUCUCAAACAUAUGCCAGGGCAUACAAGUAGAGAAGUCUUGAUCAUCUUCAGCAGUCUCACAACUUGUGAUCCAUCGAAUAUCUAUGAUCUAAUCAAGAGUUUGAAGACAGCUAAAAUUAGAGUGUCGAUUAUUGGUUUGUCAGCAGAAGUUCGAGUUUGCACUGUGCUUGCUCGGGAAACUGGUGGAACAUACCAUGUGAUUUUAGAUGAAAGCCACUAUAAAGAACUUCUAAUCCAUCAUGUGAGUCCUCCACCUGCCAGUUCAAGUUCAGAAUGCUCUCUCAUUCGAAUGGGUUUUCCUCAGCAUACGAUUGCCUCUCUGUCUGAUCAAGAUGCUAAACCAUCUUUCAGCAUGGCGCAUUUGGAUAGCAGUUCCGAACCAGGCCUUACAUUGGGAGGGUAUUUCUGCCCACAGUGCAGGGCUAAAUACUGUGAGCUUCCAGUUGAAUGCAAAGUCUGUGGUCUUACAUUGGUAUCCGCUCCCCACUUGGCACGGUCUUAUCAUCAUCUGUUUCCUCUGGAUGCUUUUCAGGAAAUUUCCUUGGAAGAAUAUCACGGUGAGAGGGUCUGUCAAGGUUGUCAAGGAGAGCUAAAAGAUCAACAAGUCUAUAUAUGCACCGUGUGCCAGAGUGUUUUUUGUGUGGAGUGUGAUUUGUUUGUUCAUGAUUUCCUGCACUGCUGCCCUGGGUGCAUUCACAAGAAUCCUACUCCUGUAGGGUUGUGAUCCUGCCACUUCCAUUUUGUUCCUUUGUGGGUAAGAAAGCUGCAAUAUGCAGUAAAAAUAAAUUGAACUUGGGAAACAUUUUGAGAAAAAUGGAAAUUUUUUAUUCAUUUUCAGUUUUAAAAUCUUCUGGGCCACCUAAAGAGCUUUGUGUUUCGCUAUGUUCAUUAUGUGCUAGUGGCUUCAUUCAAAAUGUAAGUCUGGUGUGGUAAUUUCAUUUUAUAAAUAAAAAUAACCUGUUAUACCUUUA